GGCCUGACCCGCGGAGUCAGUAUGGACGCAACUCCGCAUCUUGAGUACGACGUGAUUGUCAAUUGAGGCCAACGUAGAAGCUUGUUCAACGAGUGUUCCGCACCAAAUGUUGGCUAUGGAUACUAUCCCUGCACAGCUUGGAACCGGACGAACACCCCGCGUCCUUCCUACUACUUAUAUAUCGGUCGCACAAUAGACUUUCCCGAGCCAUCUUCAUCAGACAAUACCACGAUCUUGGACGAAAAGCAAAUCAACCUCCAUUCAAACAAAAUGGUUAUUAAAGUAGGACUUAUUGGUCUCAGUUCCGUCACCACCAAUGUCUCCGCCAGUCCAGGAGAUAGUUGGGCCGCAAGCGCCCAUUUACCAUACCUACUCGCCUCGCCACACUACGAGAUUGUAGCUCUCUGUAACUCAAGCGUCAAGUCAGCGCAAACAGCAGCUCAGCGCUACAAUCUACCGUCCAGCGUCAAGGCAUAUGGUAGCUCUGAGGAUCUGGCUAAGGACCCUGAUGUCGACCUCGUCGUCUGCUCAGUUCGGGUGGAUAGGCAUCAUCAGUUGAUGAUGCCUGUCAUCAAGGCAGGCAAGGAUGUCUACGUCGAAUGGCCGCUGGCAUCCAACCUCACUCAGGCUACAGAGAUGUACACCGCAGCCCAGAAGAGCGGCAGCAAGACCAUCGUCGGGCUGCAAUCCCGCUCGAACCCCUAUAUCCGAAAAAUCAAAGAGCUAGUAGCAAACAAAACCGUGGGAGACCUCCUCAGCUCGACACAGGAAUUCACUCUCGGUUGGGUCGGCGACGUCGAGCCCCCUACAGUCGAAUACUUCACGAAGAAGGAAAGCGGUGGCAACUUCCUCACAAUUCUCUUUGGUCACACUGCAGACCCCGUCUUUCAUGCGUUGGGCGGCUUAGAAGAACUUUCCGCGCUAUUGACGACUCGCUGGCCCGAGACCAAGCUGUUGCACGCAGAUGGAAGCUUCAACCGUAUGAUCAAACGCGAAACGCCCGAUCACGUUAUGCUGCAAGGUACUCUCAAGAACAAUGGCGCACCUAUCUCGAUGACAGCAAGGAGUGGUAAGGGAUUCAAGGAUUCGCCAAACCUUGUCUGGAGGAUCUUUGGCACCAAGGGCGAGAUUCGCUUGACGUCCGCUGCUAUGCUUACUCUUGCGCUUGGUGGAGAGAAGAUUGAGGUAUUUGACCAUGAGAAGGAUACAGUGGAGGUGGUGAAUGUGGAGUAUGCUGAGGCAGUAAAAGACUUGUCGCCUUUUGCCAAGGAUAUCGGUAUGUUGUAUGAAGGCUUUGUCAAGGGGUGGGGUGUAGAGGAAGGGUUCGUCGACUUUGAACAAGCGGUUGGUAUGCACACGAUUAUUGACUGUAUGGAGAAGAGCAGCGAAGAAAGGAAAUACAAAAAGAUAGCGGUCUGAUACAAGGCCAAGUAGGAUAACAUGAGUCAAGAGGAAUGGAUAGAAUCAUCAGAAUCAGCUCGUCUUGAGACAGGAUUUUCCAAUCAUUCACAUGAGCGGAUAAUGCGCAUAUACAUUGAGUUAGAUCUAACCAAUAUCCAACACUAUCAUCACAUCACCAUUCGUGGUGUAACCAAAAAUCUCUACCACUAUCCAUGAAUAAUC